UAUUAGGAUAUAAUAAAAGAUUGACAAAUGAAAUUGUGGCCAUGCUAAUAGAUCCUUGACUUUUUAACUGGAAAGUAUUCUACAACUGUGGAUGGCAUGCCCUCAUGUGUUAAUGUAAUAUUCAGUGUAGAGCCCAGAUAUUAAUCAUUCUGUUAUUUAACAGGCAUCCAUGAGGCCUUCAAUUUUUGAACUGGAAAGCUUGCGUGUUCAGGAUUUGUGCGAUUAUGCUGUUAAUGCACACCAUUCAUUCAGUAUAGGGCCCAGCAAUUCAUUUUGUUUAUCGUGCUUGAGACCUUUGUUUGCUUGAAUUAACCUUCUUAAAUCUUGCUGUUAAUCCGUCACUUUUCCUCGUGAUGCUGUUUCAGGAUUCUUGUCUGCCAUGGGUGACUACACAAUCCGGAUAAGCACCAGCUUGAUCGAGCAGCUCGCGCGCGAUGACGAGAAGCAGGUGAAAAGGAGGACCAGGAAACCCAGGCCGAAGAAGGUGGUGGAGCAACCAGAGGAGCCUCAGGACAAUGGCAGGGAAGUUCCAACUGAACCCAAGAGCAGCCCUGCUCCUGUUUUGCCUUUUCCGCCACCCAUGUACCUACCAGUGACCCCUGCUCCUCCACCACCGUCUCCUGCAAUCCAGGUGGUGGAAGCCAUACGCGCCGUGGUGGCGGAGAGCGAGAAGGUGCUGGAGAAGCUGCAGAAGAAGGAGGCGGCGAUGCGCGAGGAGCUUACCAAGAGGGCCAAGGAGCUGCAUGACAAGGAGUUCAAGCUGCCCUACCAGAACCCCUCGCCAUGCACCGACGAGAGGGCGGGCUGCGCCGAGUGCUACAGGAGCAACGUGCAGGACCCGCUCAAGUGCGCCGAGGCGGUCAAGAGGUUCGAGGCUUGCGUUCGCAUGGCGAGGCGGGGCGGUGCCACCAUGGGAGCUGCUCAGUAGUAGCUGAGUGAGCGAGGUGUCGUACACACGAUUUUGCUUCUGUCGGGAUUGAUUGAUCGAAUAACCUGAAUGGAUUUUUGGUGAGACCUGAAACACCAUCAGUUGUAGAUUAAUUCUGGUAACGGAUUGCUACUGGUGUUGGCAACAAGAGGCCAUGAGUGUCCUUGAAUUUGGGGCGUGGCUCCAUGUGUUUACUUGCAUACUACAAAAUGAAACAUGAAUUUGCAGGGUUCAAAAUUAAUGUUUACUACA